GCGAAUCUCAGCGUUGUAAAGAAUCUGAGAUUCCUCUUGCGACACCUCCAUUUGAUUCUUCGACUGAAAAUUUUUAUCAUCAUGUUGAGCACGUCUUCAUCUCUUUCAUCUCUAGCGACAGCCGAGCCGUACAUUCCUCAGCUGAUGUCCAACACAAUGACGAAUUCGAUCGCUCAAUCUCCGACGGUUUUUUCCAAUAUGGUUGACACCUUGUUGGCAUCAGCUUCGACAACCUCACAGAUAGCAGCGUUUGCCACCAAUGCGCGGCUUCUGGAGCAUAAAAGGAAAGACUCACCCUAUUUUGAUCAAUGCCAUACUCAUGUUGACCUGACUCUCAACGUUCGACCCCGAAUUGACUUGCGGGAGGCAGGUGAAAAGAGCUCGCAGACAGACCUCCAUAGCUUACGUCGGCAAUUGCGUAUCACGACCGACAUGCUGCCAACGUCACCUCCCACGAUUGUCGGACACCGCGGUGCACUCUACGACUGCCUCGAAAACACCCGACAAGGAUUCUUACGCUGCGCCCAGAUAGGCGUCGAUGCGGUCGAAUUGGACGUGUUUUUGCUUAGAGACAAUACUCUCGCGGUGUUUCACGGCGGCGGGACUGACGAAAAUCCCGGUGAUUUAUCCGAGUACUGUGUUGGUCAAGAUGGUAGAAACAUUUUGGAUUUGACGUACGACGAGUGCCUGCGAUUACAGUUCAAUCAACAUUUUGAUGAAUUUCCGUGCGGGGCUGACGAAAUCGCACGUGGCGUUAUUCCAACACUAGAACAGGUUCUGCGAGAUCUCAAACCUACUGGAUGCAACGUGAAAGUUGAACUCAAAGGACCAGGAACUGUUGAACCCUCUCUCAAACUUGUGGAAGAACUGGGUAUGAUGAAUCAGGUUCAAUUCAGUAGUUUUUACCAUGAUCGACUCAAGUUAUUACGUGAGUUACGUCCGGAUAAGAAUGGGAAUGGCCAGUACGCGGUCCGAACCGGUGCUCUCUUUGAUGAAGUGCCAGUCGACUAUCUUACUCAAGCAUUAGACUGUGGCGCCACCGAAGUACAUUUGCGGUACGAUACCUGCACUGUGGAACGCGUACAAGCAAUUCACAAUGCCGGUCUCGGUACGAUGGCGUGGUUCCGGGGUCCCGUCGGCAUGAAGACCGAUACGAAAAACAAAUUUUGGGAUGUAGGGAAUGAGGACGAAGAGUGCUAUCGGGUGGUAAUGGCCUCAGGCGUACAGCAAUUGUGUUGCAAUCGUCCUGUCGAGGCUUUGGCAUUUUGUAAUGCUCUCUAUCAUGCCUGA